GUUCAUUCCCUUUUCUAUAAUUUCUAUAUUUUUCCUUUGAAUCGGUGCUGAUUCUUAAAAAGUUUCUCCCUGAUUUUGAUUUCAAUUUUAUUAUUCUAUUCUAUCGGUUUAGGGUUUCAUUAUCAGUGUGUGUGUGCGCGCGCGCGGAUUGUUAUAAUUAGGGUUUUGGAUUUUGUAGAUUGAGACGAAAAUAUGAUGCGGCUGCGCACAUACGCGGGCGUUAGUUCGGUGGCGACUCUAGCUAUAAUCUAUCACGCAUUUAACAGUAGAGGGCAGUUUUAUCCAGCUAUGGUUUACUUAUCUACCUCUAAGAUCAGUUUAGUGCUUCUUCUCAACGUGGGUUUAGUAAUUAUGUGCAUUUUGUGGCAAUUAACUAAGCGGCUAUUCCUUGGUUCCCUCCGCGAAGCUGAAGUUGAGAGGUUGAAUGAGCAGUCUUGGAGAGAGCUCAUGGAAAUUCUCUUUGCCAUCACUAUUUUUAGGCAGGAUUUCUCCGUCACCUUUCUUGCCAUGGUCACCGCUUUGUUGUUAAUCAAGGCUUUGCAUUGGUUGGCUCAAAAGAGGGUUGAGUAUAUCGAGACAACACCAUCUGUUAACUACUUAUCUCAUGUUCGGAUUGUUUCGUUUCUGGGGUUUCUUCUUCUCGUAGACAGCCUCUUCUUGUACUCUUCUGUCAAGCAUUUGCUUGAAACCAGGCAGGCUUCUGUGUCUCUCUUCUUCUCGUUCGAGUACAUGAUACUGGCGACAACAACUGUGUCAACAUUUGUAAAAUAUGUUUUCUAUGUGAGUGACAUGCUUAUGGAAGGACAAUGGGAAAGAAAGCCUGUCUACACCUUCUACAUGGAACUUGUUCGGGACUUGCUGCACUUGUCUAUGUAUUUGUGCUUCUUCCUUGUCAUUUUCAUGAACUAUGGUGUGCCUUUGCACUUAAUACGGGAGCUUUAUGAGACAUUCAGGAAUUUCAAAAUUCGUGUUGCUGACUACAUUCGUUAUCGGAAGAUCACUUCCAAUAUGAAUGAUCGGUUUCCAGAUGCAACAGCCGAAGAGCUUAAUGUAAGUGAUGCAACCUGUAUUAUUUGUCGUGAAGAGAUGACCACAGCCAAAAAGUUAAUCUGUGGACAUCUUUUUCAUGUUCAUUGUCUGCGUUCGUGGCUGGAGCGACAACAUACUUGCCCUACAUGCAGAGCCCUAGUUGUCCCACCUGAAAAUGGUGCAAGUACAGCUGGAGGACAACAUGGAGCACAGCCAGAUACUCAUCAACAGGGAAUAGGCACUGUAACUACUGCAGCUCAGGUUUCAGCUGGUGGUGUGGCUGAUGAUAGUUUGAUCCAGAAUCAGGUCAGACUCCAAGCUGCUGCUGCUGCUGCUUCUUUAUACGAGAAGUCAUUCACAUAUCCUUCAGCAAACACUCCAGUGUGGUCUCCUGGAUAUGCCUUAAUACCUCAAGUUCAAAGACCUUUGGCUGACAGGACUACCGUGGAGUCAGGUGGAGAGCAAGGUUUCAUUGGACAACAACACCUGCAGUUUUCUAUCCAUGGUGGGCCACCAAACUUGUCCUUUCCUCAACUUCCCCACUGUGUCUUUAUCCCCUUUCAGGCACCUAGUGCUAGUGUGUAUCAGGGAGAGAGAGCGGGCAGUACACCAAUCUCUAAGUUGGAAGCUCAGAAAAAUUUUCUUCGACACCAGAUUGAGGUCCUGCAAAGUCAGCUCCAACUACUACAGAAGCCAGAGACUGAGGAAAGCACGCUUUUGGCACCCACAACAUUGCCAGACAAUAAAGACAAGACUGCUGGAUCAUCAUCCUCUGUAUCAGAGUCUGGUCGUCAUGCAGAGAUUGGAGAGACUGAUCUCUCCUGAUGCAUAAUCCUCAAGUAACUGCAUUAUGAUGUCGAGAAUAAACAGUGUUGAUACAUAUAGGGAAAAGAAUUUGAGAGACGUAGGGGCAGUGAGAAAAAGCAGGGAGUUAACAUCCAUCUCCCUCCCUCCCCAUUUUUUUUUCUUUCCAUAGUACAAGUUAAAAUCGUACAAUUUUUCUCCAAGUUAGGCAUCGAUUAUUUACUGGAAAUAUUUACUGGAAAGUAGGUUUUUUUUAGAAAAUAAAUUGUUGAAAAGUAAAUUAUUUUUUGAUGUUUAAUAGUAUCAUGAAAAAUUAAAAAAUA